AUGUCGAAUGAGACACUAUUUAUCGAUUCAGUUUCAUCCGAAUCUGUACUCAUUUUCUUUCAAAUUGGUCGUAUUUUUACUUUUUUAUGUACAAUAUUCGGUCUAUUUGGUAAUAUUUCGUUAAUUUUUGUUCUCUAUCAUACAGCAUCAUCUCGUCGUGUAACAUAUGAAUUAUUAAUUAUAUGCAUUACUGUAUUCAAUAGUAUUCGACUACUAUCAGCUAUUUAUUAUUAUGUUAUACACGCAAACUUUAUUCCAUUAAAUUAUAAAACUCAUGCUAUUUAUAUUAUAAUAAGUCGAUAUUCACACUUUGUUGCUAAUUGGUUAAAAGUACUAGUUGCUAUUGAACGAUUUGUUACAAUUAAAUAUUGGGUAGUAAGUAGACAUCAAUAUCGAAAAUUAAAUCAACAAAAAAAACGAAGAAUAAUUAUAUUAAUUUUUAUUAUACUUGUAUGUGGUCUAUUGAAUCAUCAUCCAAAUUUUAUUCAUGGUCGAUUUAUUUCAGUAAAUAUAGAUCCUCGUCGUUUACUCAUUGUACCAAAAGUAAAUUUAAAUUUUUACUAUGGUGAAAAUAUUUUUAAUGGUGCUUUAUUUACAAUUAUCAGUUAUACUUUCAUUGAUGAUGCUAUACCAAUUUCAAUAUUAUUUAUAUCAAAUGGAUGUUUACUCUAUAGUCUUCAUCAUUUACCGUCUAUUACACGACAAAAAAUCAAUGAAUCUAUAUGGAUUUUAACAUUUUUAACAUUUUUUUCAAUCUUUCUUAUACCAAGAUCAAUUUUGGUUUUAUUUCAUCUAUAUGUCGAUCGUAAAUAUGUUGAUGAUACUAAACUAGCCAUUGCCUUUCAUCUGCUUCAAGGUAAGUGA